AUGCGAUAUCGCGGUGAUGAUCGGAAAGAGCCGACUAAUGCUUAUAAUGCGUCGUUAUCGAGCACGAUACCCCCACGAAGAAUACCGUCUCUAAUUGAUGGUAUCAGAGAGGGCCGAAUAGUGGACCCGUUGAAAGGAGCAGCCGCAGGUGCGCCUGUCGGUUCAUCUCGUAUUGUUGACCCCACCAAAGAUUUGGGUCCGCAGGUGAUUUACCCGAGUGCGCGUCCCACUUCUGCGGGAGGUAAUUGUUGUAGAAUAGAUAUUCCACUUUCACUUCUUAGAACGUUUCAUUUGUACGAUUCAUCUUUUGUUGUAAUAUGUGAUAAGUAUUGCAGUCCGUUUAUGUAG